GUUGACGAAACUAUCAACAAUGCAGUCCUGCGAACUCAGUGUGAUAAAGUACAUUUUAUUUACUUUCAAUUUAGUUUUUGCGAUAUCGGGUAUCGGUUUAAUAGUCGCUGGUGCUUUAGUACUCUCCGAUGUGGGCGAAUUCGACCAUUUCAUGGAAGGACGAAUCCUGGCACCCCCAGUCGUCCUGAUCGUCGCAGGAUGCAUAGUUUUCCUGGUGGCUUCUCUCGGCUGCUAUGGAGCCAUCCGAGAAUCCUACUACAUGCUAAUGGCCUUCGCGCUAUGUUUGCUGAUAAUCUUGAUCAUCGAACUCGCCGUCGGAAUCGCCGCCGCCGUCUACAAAAACGACUUUCAAAUGACCAUGAAGGACCUAAUGAAGAGCUCGAUGCAGCGAUUCGAAAAUAGCAAAGGAGACAGGACGGCCUGGAACAACAUCCAGACCAAGUUGAAGUGCUGCGGCGUCGAAGGACCCACCGACUGGCCCGAAAACACCCGUCCGGUGACCUGCUGCCACGCCACGCGAGAGGGCUCGCCGCCCCCGGAAGCCCACCACUGCCGGUCGGCGGCGCCCCAAGACGGGAUUUUGUACAUGGACGGGUGCUUCUAUCAGCUCCAGGAAAAGGCAGAGUCGGCUUCGAAGAUUUUAAUCGGCGUGGGGAUCGGGAUUGCGUUUGUUGAAGUUAUUGGUAUCAUUCUCGCUUGUUGGCUGGCAUCUGCGAUUAAAAACAAAGGCGACUAAGAAUGAGGAAUAGGAUGAUCUAAGUCUUCUACUGUACAUAGAAAAAAUCACAGCAAUGAAUAACGUUCGAUAGUAUAGUAGAGUUCAAGAAUUUUGGACAAAAUCAACGAGAUGUUAAGUAUUUAAGUAGUUUUUACAUGUUUACGAAAGUUACGAAAGAGAUGUAUGUAAAAUUUGCAUUUUCUGUCUUGUUGCAUUGAAUAUUUUUUGCACUACCUUGUA